GCCUCAUCACUCUAUAGGCUCUUCAUCACUUCACUGACAUCACGUACUGUGAGAGAGCUUCUCAGUUCUGGUCCUGCGAGAGAGAUCCUCAGCUCUGCUCCUGCAAGAGAAAGACGAUGGCAGCGACGACGGUGAGAGGCGUCAGGAUGCCACCGGCGCCGUUCCCGGCAGCAGAGAAGAAGAACAAGCUCCGGAAGCCGUACACUAUCACGCGGCCGCGGGAGAGGUGGACCGACGAGGAGCACGAGCGUUUCCUCCACGCCCUCUACCUGUUCGGCCGCGACUGGAAGAUGAUCGAGGCGUUCGUGUCGACGAAGACGAGCGUGCAGAUCCGCAGCCACGCCCAGAAACACUUCCUCAAGGCCCAGAAGCUCGGCCUCAAGGAGUGUCUCCCGCCGCCGCUCCACCCUCGCCGCGCCGCCCUCCUCAGCCAGCAGCCGCCGCCGGUCCAUCCCGACGCCGACAUGUUGGUGCCAACCAUGGACUGGGCGUACGCGUCGCCUGAACCUUGCGUCCCGGAUAUUCAACACGACGCGCAGGCCGGAUCAUGGCCCGAUGGCCCCGAUCACGGGAGUGCUUACCAGGACGACGACAUCAUCGAGCUCCCGCUGUCUCCGGACGACCUGCGCUUCGCCCAGGUCUACCGGUUCGUCGGCGACGUCUUCGCCGCCUCCGACGCGGCUGUCCCGGUGGAGGAGCAACUUCAGAGGCUGCAGCUGCACGGCGUUGAUCCCCUCGUCCUGGAGACGAUCGUGCUGGUGCUACGGAAUCUGGAAGCGAACCUUUGUGCUCAAGACUUGCCGAUGGAGAGAACUGGAUGUACUAGCACUUGUGGGGCUCUAGAGUUAACAUGCGGAAAACAAUUUCCUAGGAAAUAA